GGGCCCAACGGCGCCGAACGGCGGAGUCGAGCGGAAACGAGCGAGCGCAGUCCAGCUGAGCUGACGCGAGGCUCUGGGCCGAGCGGGACGUACCCCGGCCUAGCGGCCCAACCAACAGAGCGGGGCCGAGCUGAGCCGAGUGGAGCCGAGCUGGGUCGAAUAGGGUCGAGUGGAGCCGAGCGGAGCCGAGCCGAGCCGAGCCGAGCCGAGCCGUGCCUAGCGGGACUUAGCGGGGCGGAGCGCCGGGCCCGGGCUGUAGCCGCGGCCGCCGCCAUGAAGCGGGACCGGCUCGGUCGCUUCCUGUCUCCUGGGACGGCGGGGCAGCGCGGGGGCUCCGGCGGCGGCGGCGGCGCCUGUGGCAGCGGCCGGACCCGUGGCCGCCCGGCCCGCAGCGGGCCGAGCGUGGACGAGGCUGCGGCCCUGGUGGCGGCUCGGCUGGGCUGGGGCCUGGCGCGGGCCCGCGGGGACACGGGCGAGGACGGCGCCGACGAGGCAGGAACAGGCCGGGCUCUUGCCAUGGGGCACUGUCGCCUCUGCCAUGGGAAGUUCUCCUCACGGAGUCUCCGCAGCAUUUCUGGCAGGGCACCUGGGGAGAGCGCAGACAGACCACCCCCGGGGGAGCGCGUUUUCAUCAGGGACUUCCAGCACCUGCUGGGGGUGGCUGUCCACCAGGACCCAGCUCUGUCUCAGUUUGUCUGCAAGAACUGCCACGCCCAGUUCUACCAGUGCCACGGCCUCCUCAAGUCCUUCCUGCAGAGAGUCAACGUCUCCCCGGCGGGCCACCGGAAGACUUGCACAAAGGUCGGUGCCCAGCCCCCGCCAGGGGCAGAGGAGGGAGCGUGUCUGGUGGACCUGAUCACUUCGAGCCCCCAGGGCCUGCGCGACUUGGUGGCCUGGGUGCACGGACACGCAGCCAGCUGUGGGGCCCUGCCUAGCCUCCAGAGGACACUGUCCUCCGAGUACUGCGGUGUUAUCCAAGCCGUGUGGGGCUGUGACCAAGGCCACGACUAUACCAUGGACGCCGACUCCAGCUGCGGGGCUCUUUUGCUGGACAGUGCGCUGGCAGUCAAAUGGACAUGGGACAAGGAGAUGGCCCCGUGGCUCACCCAGCAUCGGGGGUCCAACCCUACUGGGGCUGCCCCUCAGAGCUCCCAGGGCAGAGCGACCACAACUCCAGCCGAGACUGAGACCCUGCCCGGCGCGGACGCAGCCCCGCCUCCUUCAGAUGUCAACCCUGUAGGGCCUGGCCUGUGCCCCGCACCUCAGCCAAGCUUUCCCCCAAGUGGGGCCCCAGGGCGGUUGGGUGAGAAGCAGGUUCCGUCUUCAACCUCGGAUGAUCGGGUAAAAGACGAGUUCAGUGACCUUUCUGAGGGAGACAUCCUGAGUGAAGACGAAAAUGACAAGAAGCAAAGUACCCAGUCAUCAGAUGAAUCCUUUGAACCUUACCCAGAAAAGAAGGUCUCUGGUAAAAAGAGCGAAAGCAAAGAAGCCAAGAAGGCCGAAGAACCAAAAAUGCGCAAGAAACCGGGCCCCAAGCCGGGCUGGAAGAACAAGCUUCGCGGUGAGAGGGAGGAGCUGCCCACCAUCUACAAGUGCCCUUACCAGGGCUGCACGGCCGUGUACCGCGGGGCCGACGGCAUGAAGAAGCACAUAAAGGAGCACCACGAGGAGGUCCGGGAGAGGCCGUGCCCCCACCCCGGCUGUAACAAGGUGUUCAUGAUCGAUCGUUACCUGCAGCGCCACGUGAAGCUGAUCCACACAGAGGUGCGGAACUAUAUCUGUGAUGAGUGUGGCCAGACCUUCAAGCAGCGGAAACACCUUCUCGUCCACCAGAUGCGCCACUCAGGAGCCAAGCCUCUGCAGUGUGAAGUCUGUGGGUUCCAGUGCCGGCAGCGGGCGUCCUUGAAGUACCACAUGACUAAACACAAGGCUGAGACCGAGCUGGAUUUUGCCUGUGACCAGUGUGGCCGGCGGUUCGAGAAGGCCCACAACCUCAAUGUGCACAUGUCCAUGGUCCACCCUCUGACGCAGACCCAGGACAAGGCCCUGCCCCUGGAGCCACCAUGCGGGACUACGGAGGGCCAGGCUGUGAAGCCGGAGCCCACCUGAACUCAGGCGGGUAAAUGGGGUUUAGACGGUUUCAAUAGUUCUUUCACUUGAGACCUGAUGGCACAGCUUCGCCCGCUGCCCUGGAGCCCCCAUGCCGUGUCCCCUCACCUGUGUGUCAGGAGGGCACUGGACAGCAGUACGGUGAAGGGGGGCUCACCGUGCAACUCCCGUAGCCUUUCCAGCGUCCGCUCUGGGACCAGCAUUUACCCACGAUACUGACCUUGGGGCCAGAUGGAUUUUAAAUCAUUGAUUCCUAUUCCCCACUAAAGCAAUCAAGGAGAUUUGUAAUCCACUUUCUAGUGCAAGAGCUCCGUGUUAUGCUUGUAAUAAAUUAUUUACAAAGGAGCCGGGCUGUGCGCCGCGCAGGGUCCAGUCAGAAGAGCCGGGGCUCCCGGUAGAGGUCAGCAUCCGGCCCGGCCUGCCGUCUGCUCAGGAGGGCGGCCCUCACGUCCGGGUCACAGUCCGCACUGGUGGCCAGCAGCUGCAAGAAACCGACUGUGCUCAGCCGAGUGCAGCCCCCAGACACCCGGGGCCUGGGGACAGGGAAGCUGGCAACCACAGCCCAGCAGGUAAGUGGCCACAGUGCAAGUGCCGCACCCCCGGGUUCUCCUCUUAAUGGAAGUGCUGUAUCUACAGCACUCUCGUUUGCUCUUCGACACACACAGCAGAGUGAGCGUCUGCGUGUUACCUCGGCCACGUUUGAGAAGCUCUCUUUUGGGCAUCUAGGUAUUGACCGCAGCAGAAAACGACGAGCUUCUGUUAUCAAGCCGACAGGGUCACCCUGAAGAGAGGACAGGUAAAGCCACAGGUCAGGGGAUCCCGUGAUGAGUCAGGAUGCCCCCGUCUGCUCACCGUGCCACUAGGGGCUGGGCUGUCACAGGCCUCAAGCCCCGGAGAGCUGGCUGCACGGGGCUGUGAGGCGUGUCACCUGCCUGGCCCCGGUGCUCCCGGCUCCUGCUGGCUACGGUGGAGAGUGCGCUGGUUUCCCCGGCCACGAAGAGACGGAUCAGCUUUAGGUACAUGUCGACGGCAACGUGCAGGAAGGCAUCCUCCCUGGUGAGGGCGUCUUCGUCAAAGUAGGAGAGAAGGCUGAAGAUAAGGAGACACAAGUGACUCUAAGACCUCACAGAGGUGAGUGGCAAUCACGGCGGCUGCUCAUCUGAGGAAUGACGUCACAGGCAUCUUUCCCGUCUGGAGGGAGACACGCCGUGGUACUGAGAUCUAGGGCCGGGGGAAGGGGAGGACCACCUCCUCUGACCACGCACGACCCUGCGGGCACGAACUCCUUCCCGGAUUGCUGUGGCAGCAACCCGGGAAGUCGGUGCAGUUACCUGUAGAAGGCGAACGGCAGCAGUCUGACGUGCUGAUCUGGGGCCAGGCGGAGGAGGACGUGGCCCAGGCCGCCACCUGCAACACCGAGAGGGGAUGGCUUUAGUCAGCUCCGUGGGUGCCCGCCUACCCUAGGGUCGGCAAGUUCACGGAACGUCAGGAGCCUGGCGACGAGGGGCGACGUCCUCAUUCUGGAGAGCAGGGCUGGUGGCGGAGGCAGGCAGACCCCCUGUCCCCCACCUGAAGGCCUAGCGGCACCCUGGGACUCAGCACCCCCAUGGGAUUCUUUUGUCCUUUAAAUGAGUUUAUUCUGCAUUUAUCCCAAGAUGUGGCUUAGGUAUUUGGCAAGAAGAUACACUUUGGGAAAUGAGUUAGUAAAGUCAGGCCCAAGGUCCCGUUCUUAAUCAUCUGAAAGUUAUUUCUGAAGAAUUAAGAAGUGGGGAUCGCAACCUGUCUCUCUGCUGGGUCACCUGUGUUCCCGGAUGGCUAACUAGGACAGACGCAGGCCGUCUCCUGCUAUCAAGUCUCAGUGGCCUCUUACCUGUCUCUGUCAACUGAAAGAGCACCAGCCAGGAUACCCUCCUCUUCUCCAAACACCCCAGAAUCUCAGCACAAAUGUCCAAAGCCUUCGGGGUGUCAACAGCCUGUGGCCCACAGAAGAGGGAGCCUGACUAGAAAGUCGUGAGUAUCCGCACAGCCACACACGCUGGGGAGCCUUCGUGUGUCCUGUGAGCCUUAAAUGGUGACUGUAGGGGGAACAGGCCAGGGACCCUCGUGCCUGAGUCCUGAAGUAAGACCUCAAAGGACAGGCCUAGGGGUUCUCGCUUUUGAGAAACCCUUCAAGACAGAGGUUCCGGGGCUGUCCUCCCAGACACCUACUGAGGAGGUCUCGGGGGUGUCAUGCAGGCCCGCGGUGGGAAAGGUCACCUUACCCGACGAGGUCUUCCGUGUGGGGUCAGAUGUGAUGAAAGCAGGCCCAUUAAGGAAAAGAAGAACAGGAACACCACCAGCUGCAAACAAAACAGGUGCUCCGACUUUCCAGUUUACCAGUGCUUCAGCUGGGGAGACCCUGGAGGGACCCCGGCUGUGCAAACAGGAGCGCAGAAGGCCCCACGGGGGCAGCGGCUUGUGGAGAGGACACGAGUAAGAUCAAAAGGGAACUUGAUGGUCAAGUAUUACUAAACCAGUCAACCUGGUAAAUUUCACUUCCUCAUCAAGUCAGGACGACCCCGCCCUUCCUGUCUCUCCUUGGAAAAGCCCAGUUCAGGUGAACCAUGAGAAACGCAGCUGGUCAGAGCCCGGGUCAGAAGCAAGCUUGCCGGAAAAGACAAGUGAGAGAAUUUCGUAUCUUGCCUCCUCUCCUUGGCAGCCCAGCCUCUCCAGCUGGCUCUUGACGCUGUCUUUCCCGGCUCGCUGGAUUUCGAAGUAAAGUGCGGCAGCAGAGAGCCAGGCCGGGCCAGGCGCAGGGGAUGCCGGGUCGGGGAGGAGGCAGCUAGGAGAUAGGGACGUGUGUCACCACAGAAGCCUCAAAACCCCGUCGUGGUCGAAAACCUCCAGUCCUUGGUCCCGUAACCGUCAGGACACCAGCCCUGCCCACCUUCACGUCGUGCAGGGAGGGGCUUCAGAGCCAGCAGAAACAAGGUCUGUGUCCCCAACAACCCCCGGCAGAGCCCUGUGCCUGUGUCAGGCUCGUCCCUGGCUUAGAGACGGGUUUCCCAUCUCCUUAACGGGCUUCUGUGCUGUGGACAUGGGGACGGGUGGGGCCCGGCCAGAGCACCUGGUCCCGACUAGCUGAGCUUUGCAAGAGGGUUGCGAUGCACAGGCCUCUGACCUGGACCCCGCCACUCAGACCCUCGGGUUCUGUCCCAGAAAGGGUUUCCAGCAGGUUCAAAACCAGGCCAAAAAUGAAUGGGAUAUAAUGCAGGAAUUUGGCCUUCCUGGUCUUCUGGGACUUCAGGCACUCGUGACCCUGAGUGGUACGCGGGGCACCUCAGGGAUAAAGGAGGCUGGGUGGGGUGAGCUCCUCCUGACUGCCUCUAGGAACACCGCUGUCCCCCAGUCCGGCGGGCACCGGAGACCGCCAGCUGGGCAGACCGGAUCUGCCUCUCGAACACAUCCCCGUGAUGCCGACACUGUCAGUCCUGGGCCGACUGCAGACACCUGUCCCUGUGGCCUGUCAAGGCCAACGUGUCCAUGGAGAUAACCCAGUGCAGGUCCCAAAGAACAGCCUCGCCCCGUCCCCUCGUCCCUCUUACCUCCUGCCAAACCGCUGGGCCUCCCACAGUCUCUGCAGCUCCUGGGGCAGUGGGCCCUGGAGGCAUCUCCUCCACCGACUACGGAGUUCGGGCUCCAGACGUGGCCACCACAACUUCCAGAGGAGAGAGAUUACCAGUGAGCGGGUCCCGGGAGGCUCCGCCCGGACACCUCCUCAGUCCCGCAGCCAAGAUGCUGAACCCUCAGGUGACCACUGAAGACCGGAGCCCACCCGCCAGUGGGCACCGCUCAGCGCGGCGCACGUCCCACCCACGCCUCCGGCCUUCGGGUGGUGCCCUGUGCACUUGAGUCCAUGGCAGUGCCAGGAGGGGUUUCUCUUCCUCUGCAGAUAACACGACGGAGCGGGUGUUUGACACACGCCACGGCUCUCGCAGGGAACGCCACCCAAAUGAGCCACAGACUAAGAGAAAAGUGGAGACCCUCGGGGGCGCGGCAGCUCGGCUCCUGUGGCUGCCAGAGCCUGGGCUCCAGCUGAUGAAACCAGGGGAGCUGCCUGUUGUCAGGAAUCUAAGAGCACAGGGCACCGGGGGGGGGCCUCUGGAUUUCAGCUCGGGUCGUGAUCUCCCGGUUCGCGGGAUGGAGCCCCGCGGUGGGCUCCGUGCUCACAGCGUGGAGCCUGCCUGGGAUUCUCUCUCUCAAAAUAAACUUAAAAAGACACCCGAAGGAAGCCUACGCUCUCAACCUGAGAACGUCAGGCCA